CGACAAUUAUCUCGAAUGAUGUCGCCGGACUAAGAUAGGCCCUUGUCAACAAUAGCCGCCUAUUUCCCCACGACCCAAACUUUGACAUGCACGUGACCACAUAGUUUAAGCGCCGCGAAACGAAGCUAGAAAGUGAUAGAGUAAUGAUACGCGCCCACCGAAGAUACGCGCCAGCGAUAAGAUUGUCAGCGGCAAAACGAAACCUCCAUCUUUAUUUAGAUCAGCGGGAUGGAGUCGAGAAGGAUGGGCGGCUGCGAUGGGGGCUGAUUCCUGAGGGAGCGGAAGGAUCAAUUGAGUAGGUGCUCGCUCCACUUCACUCUACACGACACUCAGAGUUUGUUGGACUUCGUCAUGCUUUAUGCCUUCGUUGGACGUCGUCACCAUAACGCGGCGCAACAAGGUCGUGAGAUCCCUUACUCUAUCUCCUCCCGCCCUCAAACUAUCCGAGGUAGAUGUGGCUGAGCGAGAAUGCUGUGAGGGGCAAGAGACAAGAGACAGCUCAAAUACUACCAUAUGCACAGUCGUGCAGCAGGUGUAACCCAAGCAGCACGUACAGCACAGCACCGGCUGGUCAGCAAACAGUACAUUGCCGGGACUCGACUCCUCGCUCGGUCGCGCGUCUUCUGUCCCCUCACUCAGCCCCUCUAUCACCCAUUAUGGCCAAUGACACAGUGAUAAGGGCGACCAGAGAAGGUCCGCGCCAAAGACACAACGAAUGGGAGCGCAAGGGACUGGGGAAGACUGGAUAGGGACCUGGGGAAACGAAGCCCUGAUGGGAGGGCCAAGAGGAAGCUGAGUGGUGCUGUUUGCCUGUGUGGAAGGAGGAGUACUCUUGUGUGGUAGCACUGUAAGGAGCGUUAUACCGCACAGUCUCCAUGACUGCAUUUUCGUGUUCCUGUCGCGUUCCUGUCGCGAUGUGACCACAAGUGGUACUUUGCCAGGGUUGGGGAUAGUGGAGAUGGUACUUCGUCAUAUGCGGGUGGACACAUACAAGUGGAUGUACCAUCCCCUCUUUCCCAUCCACUCACAGUCCGUCUCCACGGGUCCCGCUGUCCCACGCCGGUCCCACAACCCACAACGCUCCCACAGUUUGUGAUGUCGGGCGGCCCAUCCCAGUCCUUACCAGCCAUCGCACCUCUUUUCCCAGCAUCAGCCCCUGACUAGCAGGGUCCGUGGCCUGCUAGUGUCGUUACAGAUAUGCUCCUCUCUUUCCCAAUCCUGUCGUGCUUUGGUGAUUUCUGGCGGUUUGUGGUGUUUCCUGGCUGAUUUCUGGUGAUUCCUGCUGCCACUUUUACCGCUCAGGCAAAAUGUUAUAUGCCAGGACUGUUAAGGGUACUCGUCUUGUACCAGUAUACCAGCGUUAUUGGUGAGAAGUACGAGUCUUGUGCUCAACAGUGCGCGCAGUCGAGGAGGCCGAGUUACCCAGUCGUGUCGUGCUAUCCUCGUAUACCGCUGAGGUACCUGCUCGAGAAGGGUCUCUUCCCGCCUGCGCUACUACUGGUAUCAAUUCAAAGCUCACGCUGCUUGAGCUAAGGGAAAAAGGGCUCACUCACAAAGGUCACUUCUGUCCGCCAUGGCAUGAACGGACCUGCUCAUCGGCCUCAUCGUCUCCCGUCAACUCUCUCACGAUAACUUCAUACCUCCUGUGUCUCUGAUCAACUCUCCCGUUAUAGCAUCAAACUGUGCCACCAGCGAUAUUCAUAGCACUGCUCGGUUUCGAAACUACUCCCAGCGUUUGCUCCGUGAGACUUAGCGAGGGUCACGGACAGAAACCCCAACCCAACGUCUCUCACUCCUCCUCCUCGUACCCGCUCACACGCGCCCGCUGUUUCGGUGGAGGCGGCCCACCUGUUUUGUGAAAUAAGUCGAUCCCCAGAUCCUGGGUAAUAGUGCUCCUGCCGAAACAACUUUACACGACCAUCUCGAGAACCUGUAUCACCCUCCUCACUCGGUCCUCCAUCCUCGCCCAUCGACAUCCCCCUCUGUUUCCGCGACGUCGGGUAAAUUGGAACGACCCUUCCCGAUCCUCUGACCGUUCAGCUCGUCGUCCUCCGGUUUCUAAACGACGUUUCGCUCGAAGACAACGCCGAGUCGUGCUGCAGGUGAAGACAUAGAUUGUUUCGGCCGUGUGUUCUGCUUCGCUGAAUCAACUGGAAACAAGCCCUCGCUCCCGCUUCAAACACUCGACUCCGAAGCCAGCCUCUUUAUUGUUUGCCGCCUCCCCUCAAGUGGCACGAACAUACUGAUCGACGACCUGGGGAUCCGAUUUUUCGAACUCUCAUCUCCCGGAGCAAACAUCGAACCCUCUCCACCCAGAACGACCUCCCUUACUCGGAUACAGGACGACAUUUUACACGACUAUCCUGCGAAGUUGCCAAAUUGCCAAAGCCAUGUUCCAAUAGAUAUACACGACUCCCGAUUUUAUUACUUUGCGGGAUAUCUCAGCUGAGAUUAUACACCCUCUCAUCGAUACACGAUGUCGAUGUCACUUCCCGUCCCAGCAGUUCCGCUCGGUGGCUGCUCCACUAUCUACAACAACACCCUUUACUCCUAUUCCGCCGACGCAUUCCAAGCAUUACCAUUAGAUAAGGGAGCCUCAUGGGAGCAAUUGCCAGGAGGCGUCUCUGUUACCGGAGGAGUCUGCGUGCAAACCACUUCACAUAAUGCGUCGUCCCCAGCGGCCCUAUAUAUCGUCGGAGGAAGCGCAAAUGCAUCGGAGACAAGUUAUCAAGGCCUCCAAAGAUAUUCUUUCGAAGAUAGCACCUGGGAGUCUAUCUCGCUCUCAUCGGCAGUAACACAGAACCGCCUAUACCACAACGCCAUCUACCUCAAUGCUUCGUCCUCGAUAUUCAUAUUCUCCGGGAAUCAAGAUGGCACGAAGCAACCUAGUUCGGAAUCAUUCACCAUCUCAACCAUGGCGCCGUAUGAAGUCCGGUCGUUCCCAUCGUUUGCCCCACCAAGUAUUGAGCCCAUGCUACUUACCUGGUCCGAUAGCCAAGCUGCCGUCCUUGGAGGAAGCGACUCUAACACGAGAGUUAUGCUGUUCAAGCAAACCACCGACCCGUUGUUAGCAUGGGAGGACUCUAAAAUUACACUAGACGCCCCGUUGAAGACUGAUGGGAGCGUAAAGGCUGCCAUUGUCGACGGCGAUGAUAAAAGCAAAAGUCUAUAUACGUUCGAUAUGACCGUGUCACCCAAUUCGGUGAACCGAAUGCUACUGGUUGAUCAGAAUGGAAACCCUAUGACCAAUGUCAAAGCCGUCAAAUCAAGGAGUUCCAACGAAGUUCGCGAUAUCACUGAGAGAGCUACCCUUACAGCCACAGACUGGCCGCCAUAUAACUCAUCACUUGCCCCGAAAGCCACACGCACAAAGUACUCCAUCGCACAAGAUGCAGACGAUCGCAUUGUCAUAUCCGGGGGUAAUGAGGAGGAUGUGUUGUGCAUGUUCAAGGCAAGGGAGAAUUCGUGGGUAAAUGCGACUUUGCUUUUAUCCAAGGCACAGGUUCCGAUCGGAAUUACCAACACACCCACUUCAGUUUCCACAGAAGCUCCAGCAGCUUCUUCAACAGCUGCAGUAGCCGCAGAAGCCUCGUCGCAACUCAGUCGCAGGCUUCUGGGGAUUAUCAUCGGCUCUGUUGCAGGAUUUGUUCUGAUAGUGCUAGCUAUCUUCUUCUGCAUCAGGAGGAGGCGCAAGCAGCGCGUGUUCGCCGAAGCUGGCCACCAACGGAGAGCAAGUGGCAUCCCUGACGAGAAAGACCCAAUGGACUUUGCAGACCGUGGAAUACGCUUCGACCCUACUAAACGCUACCAGGGACAUGCUCCCCAAACCUCAACGGCCUCAUUCUCGUCAAUGGCCAUCUUGAUGGGGAAGGUUAGCUCGACACAGCAACCGGCUCUCGGCAGAAGAGGCGGCAGCAACAGCAGCAACGCCAGCAGCAACUUCAACAAGAACUACAAAAACACGAUCAGCAAGCCCAUCCCCCAGGCUCGCGCAGUACCCGAAACCUACGCACGAACCGAACGUCCCCCAGUCGUUGGCGGCUCCAACGCCGGACCAACACCCCGACCCCGCGGAAGCGGCGUGAACCGCCAAGGAAGUACCCGCCGCAGCUCAGGCUGGAACCGCUACUGGUCCGGCGGCAGCGCCCUCAACGUCCUCGGCUUCGGAAACAAAGGGGCCAGCACUUACGGCUCCCAAUCCGACCAGGACUCCAUGUACUCCGAGACCGCGCACCCCACGCGCGGAACCCAGCAGUCCGCUAUGGUGCCCCCGCUGAACUUUGGGUCCCAGAAGGGGCGCCUUAGCCAGGUGGCUUCGGGGAGUCCGACGAUCGCGCAUCAGCCGAGGAAUUCACCCUUGGAGCAGGGGAUGUCGGGCAAGAUUGAGCGGCCGCACUCUGCUGUUAGUAGCGUGUCGAGCUAUGGCGAUCUGAGGGACGCGUAUCCGGGAGUCGCGUCGAGUAUUAAUGAGGAGCAUCAGACGUGGACGCCGUUCGGCGGGGAGAGUGGGUGGAACCAGGGGGAGCGCGUGGCUAGUAGCGCGUAUACGGAGAGUCAAUAUGGGACGCCGCGCGCGACGAUGGUGGAGGGGAGGAGUGGGCAUCAGGGGCCGAAUCAGCAGUCGACGGAUAUGAGUUGGUUGAAUUUGGGGGAUACUAGGCAUUGAGGAGGCAGACAAAUGUCACUGUCACCCCUACGGCCAUUAUCGCCCUCACCGCCGCUGCCGCCGGAUAAACCACUCACUCACUUAUUCACUCACUAACGCCCACACACUCUCUCUUGUCGAACCGGUUUUUUUUGGGGGGGAAAGGAGAAUAAAAAGCAACUUUAGACCGACACUUUUACCUCACGAGCACACACACACACACACAUUUUGAGCGCCCACAUUUUUUUGCAGCAUGUCGGAGCGCGCGCGCACGGUUUUCGAUAUCAUAAUUUUACGGCGCAUCGUACUCUAGCAAGCGAGCGAGCGAGCAGACUUGAGAGCGGAUCUGUAUCCAGGGGAUAAUUUUUUUCUUCGAGUUGAGAUAAGGCAGGCGUCUUACAAUCGUUUUUUUGUUUUGGAUGUUAUGGAGUUUAUGAUGGAUAUGAUUUGUAUGGGGUAUCAUUGGGAGUGUUUUUUUUUAACAACUACCUGACUGGCUGAUCUGACAACUGUGUUGUUCUGUUCUUUUUUUUUCUUGUUACUUGGCUACCGCUUUUUUUUGUUUGCAGAUACCGGGGGGAGGGGGGCGAAUACCAGAUGCUUGGGUCCAGGGCAUACCAGAAUCUAUGGAUGGGAGAGAGAAGGGGGAGAGAAGGGGAAGGCAGUGGUGAUGGGAGAGGAGAGAUGUGUGAGAUGGAUGUAGGCGCUGGAUAGUAGAUAGGAAGAGAUUACUGUAGCCUACACUUACAUACCUUGUUAAACUACGGUGGAUCCGUAAUGGAGGCGGAAGAGAAAGAGACAUAUUUCCAACAAACCCA